GCCUCCAAAACCUAACGGGCUUUUUGUUCAGAGUUUCUGGUUUUAAUAAGGAGACAUGAGGAUCUUAUAAAGCACAUCUGCUGUGCUAUUUUCUGUUCUCCGCAGGCAUGAAAUAGUCCACGGUGGAAAGAAAAGACGCAGGAGGUGGUCACUGUGCGCUGCCCCUCUGGGGACGUUCGAGCUCCUCCGCACGUGGACUCCAUCCUUCUGGUCCCAGUCUCUCCAUCCCACGGGUUCACGAGAUGUGGACCCUCCAUCCUCGCCUCACGGAGGGCCACGUGACCCAGGUUCUGCGAGGGAGCAUGUGAUCCAAGUCGGCCAAUCAAUGGCGACCCCGAGACUUUGGCUGGAGUGACGGGGAAUUUUAGGAGGGGCCCACUGAACCACCAGGGUGAGUCUGGGGUCCCUGGGGCCACAAUGGGGGAGCCUGGCGAGGACAGAAGCCAUCAAGGAGGAAAAGAGAAACCAGAGGCAGACACCUGAUAUUGUCCAGGCGCCCGGAUCAAGCCACACCUGAAGGCACUGCCCUGAACUUUCCAUAUGCUUUUCCUUACUGAUGGCUCCACCCAGUUUGACUUGGUUUUUCUGUCACUCGGAGCCAACUGUCUUCCUAGCUGCCCUUACACAACACCUUUCCAACAUUCUGCUUGUUGGGGUGUCAGGCCCCAGAGGUUACAGGGACGGAUAAGGGUGUCAGGUAACUUUCCUCCCAGCCCCAUGCGACCUUCUCUCCUAGUUGGAGGAGGACUAGAAGGGAGGCGAAGAAGGCUGAGGAAGCGGUUGUUUACACACUGGCCUCCAGCUGCUAUUAUUGUGAAACUUCAGGCUGGAAGGACAUUCUGGGUGGGGAAGAGACUGGGAUGGGGGCUGGGGGGUCCAACCUGAGGGGCUGCCCCCACCAGGGUCAGCAUGGGGCCAGACCCCCGGAGGCAGGAGGGCCCCCUGUGGCCUGUCUACUGGUGCAAGUCUGGCAGGAGAUGACCCGCCCCUGGGGAGGGUGGGAGUUGGGCCACAGUUUCCCCUUUCCCCAGCUGGGCGGCUGCCCGCCGCAGAGAGGCCCGUGGGAGCCACCCGCCCCUCCGCCCUCAUAAAAGCACCCAGGGGCCAGCCCGGGCCAGCGUCAAGGCCACAGCGGCUUCGCCAUGCGCAGCCCAGCGCUCCUGGCGGCUCUGGUGCUCCUAGCCGCGGCCCUGUGCGCGGCACAGCCCCGAGGCCGGAUCCUGGGGGGCCGCGAGGCCGAGGCCCACGCGCGGCCCUACAUGGCGUCGGUGCAGGUGGACGGCCAGCACCGGUGCGGGGGCGUCCUGGUGGCCGAGCAGUGGGUGCUGAGCGCCGCGCAUUGCCUGGAGGACACGGCCGAAGGGAAGGUGCAGGUGCUCCUGGGCGCGCACUCCCUGUCGCAGCCUGAGCCCUCCAAGCGCCUGUAUGACGUGCGCCGCGCAGUGCCCCACCCGGACAGCCGGCCAGACACCAUCGACCACGACCUCCUCCUGCUGCAGCUGUCUGAGAAGGCUGUGCUGGGGCCUGCCGUGCGCCCCCUGCCCUGGCAGCGCGUGGACCGCGACGUGGCACCCGGCACUCUCUGCGACGUGGCCGGCUGGGGCGUGGUCAGCCACGCGGGCCGCCGGCCAGACCGCCUGCAGCACGUGCUCUUGCCGGUGCUCGACCGCGCCACUUGCAACCUGCGCACCUACCACGACGGCACCAUCACCCCGCGCAUGAUGUGCGCGGAGAGCAACCGCCGCGACAGCUGCAAGGGGGACUCCGGGGGCCCGCUGGUGUGCCAGGGCGUGCUCGAGGGCGUGGUCACCUCGGGCUCGCGAGUCUGCGGCAACCGCAGGAGGCCCGGGAUCUACACUCGCGUGGGCAGCUACAUGGCCUGGAUCGACGGUGUCCUGGCCCAGGACAAGGCGGCCUGAGGAGGGUGUCCAGAGCGUCCGCGGUCACCUUGGGGGGCCCGAGCAAUAAAGUCAUUCACUCCUGCA